UGCUUUUUCCUGACCUCAUCUUAGAUUCUCAACUCUCUAGGGUUUUCAUCAGCCCUUUCGAUUCCCAAUUUUUUCUCUUUAAAUUUCGAUUUUGACUUCGAUUGAGACGCUCUCGUUGGGUUUCGGUUCUUCAAUAUCGUAAAAUCAGGGUUCAAUUUAGGGUUUUCUGAUCGGAAAAAAGGUUGCGCGAUUUUCGCUUGUGAAAUCUAGGGUUUUUGUUUCAUUGUUGUCAGGGUUGCGUACAGAAUGCCUCCUAGAACGGUGAAGAGAGGGGCUGCGUCGAGUGGUGCGAAGAGGGGUGGUAGAGGAACAAGGGGUACCCCGAAGAAGGAACCUGAAGCUGUGGAAGAGGUUGUGAAGCUUGAAGAGAAAUCGGUUGUUGAAGAGGAGGAGGAACAAAAAGUCAAAGAGAACCCUGUUAUUGAGGAGAAACCUGUUGUGGAAGAGAAACCUGUUGUUGAGGACAAGUCUAUUGAUAUGAAUCAAAUGGCUCCAGAGGCUAUGGAAGAAGCGGCACACGUGUCUAGUGGGUUGGAUGUGGUGAAAAACGACGAAGAGGAGGUUAAGGAGUCCUUAGAUGAAUAUGAAAAAGAUGAACGCUUAGAUUUGGAGGAUAACGAGUAUGAAGCUGAGGAGUAUGGGGGAGUUGAUUACGAUGAGAAGGAAAUUGAACAAGAUGAGGUUCAUGAGGUAGGAGAUGAAGCAGAGGAAGAAGCUGAAGAUAAUGUAGGUGAAGAAGAGGGUGAUACGGGUGAGGAAGAAGUUGAAGAUGGUCAUGAUGAAAUUGAAGGUGAAGAGUAUGACGAGCGUGCUGGUGAGGAGCAUGAGCAUGUGGAGUUGGCUGAUGUGGAGGAAGAGGAACACCGUGAAGUUGUAAAGGAGAGGCGAAAGCGGAAAGAAUUUGAAGUAUUUGUUGGGGGUCUAGACAAGGAUGCUACUGAAAGUGAUCUGAGGAAGGUUUUCAGUGAAGUUGGGAUGGUUACUGAGGUUAGGCUGAUGAUGAACCCUCAGACUAAAAAGAACAAGGGAUUUGCAUUCUUGCGUUUUGAAACUGUUGAACAAGCAAAACAAGCUGUAGCUGAGCUAAAAAAUCCAGUGAUUAAUGGCAAACAGUGUGGGGUUACUCCAAGUCAGGACAGUGAUACGCUCUACUUGGGAAACAUAUGCAAGACAUGGAAAAAGGAAGCUUUAAAGGAGAAGUUGAAACAUUAUGGAGUUACAAAUGUUGAGGAUUUGACAUUGGUAGAAGAUAGUAACGAUGAAGGAAUGAACAGGGGGUUUGCGUUUUUGGAAUUUCCCUCUCGUUCAGAUGCUAUGGAUGCCUUUAAGCGACUGCAGAAGAGGGAUGUUGUGUUUGGAGUUGAUAAGCCUGCAAAGGUUUCUUUUGCAGAUUCCUUUAUUGACCCGGGUGAUGAAAUUAUGGCACAGGUUAAAACUGUGUUUAUUGAUGCACUCCCUCCCUCGUGGGAUGAAGAUUAUGUCCAAGAUCUUCUUAAGAAAUAUGGAGAGAUUGAAAAGGUUGAGCUUGCCAGGAACAUGCCAGCUGCGCGCAGGAAGGACUAUGGAUUUGUUACAUUUGGCUCGCAUGAUGCUGCCGUAAGAUGUGCUGAAAGCAUUACUGGUACAGAGUUGGGUGAAGGUGACAAGAAGGCAAAAGUCCGGGCUAGGUUGUCAAGACCACUUCAAAGAGGCCGUGGAAAACAUGUUAGUCAUGGGGACUAUCGUUCUGGUCGCGGAUCUGGAAUAAUGGCUAGGCCUUCAUGGAGCCGACCUGCACCGCGUAGUUUUCCUUCCCGUGGGGUAAGAGGAAUCGGAAGUCGUGUUCCGCCACUCAGGCCUGUUAGUAUGAGAGAUAGACGCCCUGUCAUGUCCAUGCCAGUUAGAAGUAGGCCAAUGGCUCCUCCAGCUAGAUCUUAUGAUCGGAGACAGGCUGCUCCUGCAUAUCCAAAAAGUAGCAUGAAGAGAGAUUAUGGUCGACGUGAGGAUCUGCCACCUCCAAGAAGUAGAGUUGCUGCAGAUUAUGGCUCAAGGGUGGCAUCUGAAAGACGACCAUCUUACAGGGAAUAUCCAGUCCGUGGUCCUGGCUACUCUGAUCUCCCGAGAAGUACAUCUCGUGCCGCACCAAGGAGAGGUUAUGUUGAUGAUGGUUAUGGCCAAAGAUUUGAGAGGCCUCCUCCUCCACCACCACCUCCUCAUCUAAAUUACCGCGAAGGACGCCCCCGUGAUUAUGAUUCUUUAUCUGGCUCAAAACGUUCUUAUGAUGCUAUAGAUGAUGUUCCUCCACGAUAUGCGGAUACUGGUUCUCGCCAAUCAAGAGCUCGAUUGGAUUAUGACUAUGGUGGUAGUGCUUCACAGUAUGGAGAUGCCUACGGUGAUAGACUUGGAAGAUCCAGUAUGGGAUAUGGUGGGGGCAGCAGAAGUUCUAUUAGUGGUCAAGAUUCACAUGGGAUGUAUAGCAGUCGACAAGGCAUGAGUUAUGGUGGAGGUUCGUUUGGUGGUGGUGAUGUUGGUAGCAUGUACUCAUCAAGUUAUGGUGGUGAUUACAUUUCUCGUGGCAGUGAUGUUGGUGGCAGCUCGUAUUCAUCGAUGUAUUCUGGCAGGGGUAUGGGUGGUGGUAGCAGUUACAUGAGUGGUGGUGGAUCCGGAUCUUAUUAUUGAGGGAUGGUGAAGGUUGAACACUCUGGUCACCAGUGAAUUUGUCUGUGAACAGAUCUAAUAUAGUAAAGUGGCUGCUGUAGGAUGACCUUUGAAGCUUAUGCAAAUUAUGAUGCCUACAAUUUGGAGACAAAGGAACAUUUUUUUAUAGACUUUCUUUUUGGAAUUUGUCACAAACUAGCUGAUGUCAAUUCAAGCUAUCUUGGAUCUUCUCUGGAUGGGAUUUAUUAUCAGUUCUUGAAUUUGUGCUGUAUGGACUCAAGUUAAUUAGAGAUGGAAAAAGAAGAAUUGAGCAGUGAUGUAUAAUUAAACCUUGAUUUAUGAUGCCAUACAUGGGCGGAUAAUGUUAAAAGAUUUCUCACUGCUCCAUCUUCCUUUAUUUGGACAGAGACGAAGGCUAGAGUUGCUACUUGUUUGGUUAAGGGUUAUUGGAUUUUUUACCUGCUGAAUUUUACAAAAAGUUGGUUCUUUAUUUUGAAUAUCUAAAGAGAUGUUUAGUUACUUCAGAUUACUUGUUUUUAUGGUGCUGUGAUCAGAACAGAAGUAAACUAAUCAGGACUUGGUUGAGCUAGUAAGUAAACUAGUAAUAAAGAGUUCUAUUUCAGCAAUUAAUAAAGUCAAAAGAUUAGUUUUUGUGGAUUUAUAUCACUUGGUGUCUUGGGAUUUAUGAUAUGAUGUCAUCGUAAGAAAGUUAAAAGCCUGGUGCACUGGUAAUAUUUGUUGCUGGAAUGCCUUGUUACUUUGAGAUUUUGUGAUGAGGGGGACUACAAGACGAUGCUAAAGAAGCAUCAAUAUCUUUCCUUAGCUAGCUGACUUCAUAGUUUUCCAUUUUGCAAUGCAAUUAUUUAUAUGCAAUUGGUUGAUAUCCUCUGGCAUGACCCUCGGAAGACCAUUUGCCUGUGCAAUAUAUCAUUGGGGAAUGCAAUAUUCAAGGUGAUUGUAAAUUAGCAGAAAAGGAUUGAAUGUCACCCACCUGGUAAUGACAGUUUCUGAAUUGGAACUAACUAUUGAAGUUGACACUUUAGCAUGUGGUUGUAUGCCAUUACUGUGCUUGAUUUAGAAAACCCUUGCCCCAAAGUCAAACAAUGGACUAACAAAACUUGGUCAGGUGCCAAAGUAUAUGCUUAUGUGGAUUUGGUCAUGAUUUUGUUCUAUUUACGUGGGUAGUUUCCAACUUCCUUAUUUCAUUUUUGGUGUUAAGUAGCAAGUACUUUACUAUUUUUGGUAGGGGUCUCAGCACUGAAACCAGUUGUCUGUGGAAUGUUAUGCUGAGGGCUCUUUUAAGAAUACAAAGCUUGUUAGGAUUUUCAAACUGUUUUUCUGCCUAUUAAUGAGAGCGAGUCUUGGAGCAGUGGUAAAGUUGUUUCUUGUGAUUGAGAGAUCACGAGUUUGAGUCUUGGAAAUAGUCUCUUUGCAAAAUUUUAAGGGUAAUGCUACAUAUAAUCGAUCCUUAUUUCUAUUCUUGCAAGUCGGAGGGCCUUGUGCAUUGGGAUUUGCCUUUUUUUAUUCCGGAUAGCAUGCUGUAGUAGAAUUUUGUCACGCAUUAGGUAAUUUUUCAUAUGAUUUUACCUUUCAUAUGACACGUAUUUUGGAUAUUGACACGCUGGUUAUGCUUUUUAGAUUAUUAAGCUUGUUAAGUUGUUGGUGUCAACUAUGGUUUUCAUUGUUCUCACAUCAUGUGGUCAACAACUUACAUUUAAUUAUUCUUUCAUGGGUGAGGGUAUGUGCUGACUUGUUAAGUUUUAGUUUCCAUUUUGGCCUCUCUGCUGAACUGCAGGGUCUAACGCUCUCAAGCACUUGUUUGGUAACGUCCCUUUAUGCACAUGGAAGUGUACUUCAGUUUUUUUUUUAGUUUAUUAGUAUUAUUUUUUAGUUGGACGCUAACUUUGGUUUUUGCAAGUUAAUGUACGUGGAUUCUUUUAUGCAUCAUAUUGUAAGCACUUGGGUAAAGUGCCAUGUCCUGCUCUCAGAAUUCAAUUUGUUCCGCAUCUUUUGUACUUGUAUGCUGAUAUGCAUUCAAACG